AUGUUAUCAGAGCCUCGUGCACUUCUCUUCCGCUUCUUCUCCUUGAUUCAGAACCUGUUCUGGGCAUAUCUCGAUUCAUCGCUGUCUCAUUUCAUCUUCAUCUUGAUUUCAUCUUCAAUUCGACCUCAGAUCCUCCGAUUCAAUUCAAAUGCCGAAGACUUAUGCAAACGAAGUCAAUCUGAAUUCCACUCUGGUGAAUUCAGCUCAGCGUCAAGAUCCUUCGACUCAAUCUCCUCGUCUCGCUUCUCUUCAAGAUCCAAACUCCAAUCCUCUAUACGUAUCUCCUUAAUUUCUCACAAGCUAUCAGGGAUAGGAAUAAGCUAA